AUGCUUCUCCAAAGUGUCUUCUACUUGACUGCAUCACUAUACCUAUGCAGCGCCACGCCAUUGACCUCGCCCCCUCAAACUUUGGUCCCACGAGACGCUGUCACUGACUGCCAAAACGUGACACUCGGACUCAACGCAUCAUGCUGGGAUCUGAUUCCUCGCGGUACAGGCAUGGAGUCCUGGUUAAACACAUGGAACAGCACAACGACCACCUGUGAGCCCGGCGAGCGAUGGGCAAACUGUUUUAUGCGCCAGGCUGGUGUUACCACCAACACCACAACGUCGAUACGUUGCGACCUGAUAGGACCUAAUACUUGCCCUGAGCCAAGUAUAGAUGUGUUCGAGAGCGCAUCUGCCGAGGCGAGCUACGGGGUGGCUAGUAUCUGGGCACUGCAACAAUACAUGACGACCCUCUACCAGUUCCUCGAAGGAGAUCAAGGCCUGUCACUGAUAAAUACCGGGUUCCUAAACCAGACAGCUCCCAGAAGCGCCAAGACCAUUCUCGUGAACAUUCUCGACGAGAUUGGAGAUCCGGUAGCCACUCAACUAACAACGAUCAUCGGAUCGCCUGUUCCCAUAAAGCAGGGGAGUUUCAUUAUCCCGACCCAAGCUCAGGCGCAGCAGAUUGUCGGGCAAACCGUUGGUAAUCUGUUGCAAUGGCUGAUGACGGAUUGGUUGGAGGGUGGAUUUACGGCUCUGGCUAUCGAAGGGAACUUGAUUUCCAUUCUUGGAGACUAG